AACACUAAUGGACCAGCCUUGGUACAGGCAGUAUUUCUGGCUUCUGGUUUUCGGAGGCAUUAUCCUCUUUGCCGGGAUAAUCAGCCUUGUUAUGGUUUGCGUUUGCAGAACUCAGUUCUCAAAAAGGCUAACAAUACGGAUUCAGAAGUCUUGGAAACAAAAGAAAAAACGAAGACAAGAGCGCAAGAACACAGUUAUCGCAGAAUCAUAUCGUCCAACAGCUCCUCCUACAGUUUUAUUACCAGAAGCAAGACCCAACCUUUUUGACACCAAUUCUGAAAAGUCAUCUUUAGACCUGCGACAUUUUAUGUAUGCUACCGCACUAAAGAGACCAGCACCAUCUCAGCAACUAAAUCCCAUUCCAGAAAAUACUACCUCAGACCUAAACCACGUUACAUAUGCUACUCCAUGGAAUAGACCAGCACGAUUUCAGCAACUAGGCCUAAAUCCUGAAUAUGGCAGCAAGAAGUUUAAUAUAAAUGUAAAUGAAUCAGGUAUAAAUGACAGAUAUUCAAAUGCAUCUUAUGACUCAGUGGGACAAAUCACAGACAUUUAUCGUAUACAGGCAGCUACAGAAGAUCCUGAAUAUGGCGGCAAGAAGUUUAAUAUAAAUGUAAAUGAAUCCGGUAUAAAUGACAGAUAUUCAAAUGCAUCUUACGACUCAGUGGGACAAAUCGCAAACAUUUAUCGUAUACAGGCAGCUACAGAAGAUCCUGAAUAUGGCGGCAAGAAGUUUAAUAUAAAUGUAAAUGAAUCAGUCAUAAAUGACAGAUAUUCAAAUGCAUCUUACGACUCAGUGGGACAAAUCGCAAACAGUUAUCGUAUACAGGCAGCUACAGAAGAUUCUAUUCCAGAAGAUCCAACUUCAGACCUAUACCACAUUACAUCUGCUACUGCACAGAAGAGACCAGCGCGAUUUCAGCAACUAGGCCUAAAUCCUGAAUAUGGCAGCAAGAAGUUUAAUAUAAAUGUAAAUCAAUCAGGCAUAAAUGACAGAUACUCAAAUGCAUCUUACGACUCAGUUGGACAAAUCGCAAACAUUUAUCGUAUACAGGCAGCUACAGAAGAUGAUACUAAAAACCUGGAAUAUGUCAAGGUGAUAGGUGAUAAUAGUGAUUACGAUGACGUGGAAAUAAUAUGACCAUUCUGUAAAUCGAGUAAUAUACUUGGGUGUUGUAUGGCAUUCUUCAUUAUCUACCAAGACUAAGAAACCCUUGCUAUGCGGAAAUAUUCUAAUCAGUGAAGCUGAUGCAGUGCAUUUUUUGUUUAGUUAAUAUUUUGUUCAGGAAACAUAUGCUCCAUUUGUGAGAAUGGCCUAUAAAAUAAACACCACUUGAAAAAAAAGACAAUAUAUAGUGAACAAAGAAUAGCUUGUCAUAUUUAUUCAGCAUUGCAUCAUGUUCCUGUGUAUGAUCUCAAGCUUCAUAAAAUGUUUGCAUCUGAAAACCAACAUGGCUUCCAGAAUAACUUGUAGAACUUUCCGACACAUUCUCAUGCAAGUAAACUUAGAUAUACAAUAUCAACGAGCAGGACUUUUCUUGUCCAGUUUCCACAGACAACCCGUGUUUCACACAUAUCUUCUAGUGUCUACCUUUGGCCUUCUAUUCUAUGUAAGACGAAGAAAUCUGAUAAAGUGAAAUUAUUAUUCCCAAUAAGAACAAUGGGGCUAAUUCAGACCUAAUCGCUCGCUAGGGUUUUUUUUAGCAGUCCUGCGCUUGCAUAGUCGCCGCCCACAGGAGAGUGUAUUUUAGCUGUAAAAGUGUGCGAACGCAUGUGUAGCAGAGCUGUACAAACAGAUUUUGUGCAGUCUCUGAGUAGCCCAGGACUUACUCAGCCGCUGCGAUCACUUCAGCCUGUCCGGGACCGGAAUUGACGUCAGACACCCGCCCUGCAAACGCUUGGGAAUGCCUGCGUUUUUCCAAACACUCCCAGAAAACGAUCAGUUGACACCCACAAACGCCUUCUUCCUAUCAAUCUCCUUGCGAACGCCCGUGUGAAUGGAUCCUUCGCACAAACCCAUCGCUGAGCGGCGAUUCGCUUUGUACCCAUGCUACGAGGCUGCGCAUUGCGGUGUACACACAUGCGCAGUUUAGACCUGAUUGCCCGGUGUAUGAAAAUGCAGCCUAGCGAUCAGGUCUGAAUAAGCCCCAAUGUCCUUGUGAUCUUUCAUCUUUCACACUUUAAGUUAACCCUGCUCAAAACAUUUGGCAAAAGUGGUCUGUAAAAUAUGGCUUUACAUUAAACAUGCAUACAAAUCACAAGUUGCCAGAUAAGUAUCUACAUAUUGACUGUACCAUUGAAAACUAUGAAAUAGUCUCACAAUCACCAGGCAUCUUUCCAGUUACACUGCAAGGGUUGGGUUUGUGCUAUAUAUUGUAAAAU